AUGGCUCCGUUGACAGCGACAGAAGUCCUCGCUCAUCCGGCGUACAAGACUGUGAACUGGAAUCUCCCUCCCACUACCUCGGGACGGGUUCCCGUGGCACAGAAUCGUCGUGGCGGUCCGAUCAAUAUCAACUACGAGAUCCAUGGCUCUGGGCCCGUGAAGUUAGUUUGGAUUAUGGGCCUGAAUGGCACUCUGCACGACUGGAAGCGCCAGACCAAGUAUUUCGGCCAUCUCCACAGCUCCAAAUACUCAUGCCUGGUCUACGAUAACCGCGGUGUCGGCCGCUCCGACAAGCCCACCUGCUUUUACUCAACGAGCGAGAUGGCCCGCGACGCCGUGGAUCUCGUCUCCGCGGUCGGCUGGAUCGAUCUAAACGCGGCCCCGACACGAUCCAUCCACGUCAUCGGCGCCAGCAUGGGCGGCAUGAUCGCCCAGGAGGUCGCGAUGCUGAUCCCCGACCGGCUCGCCAGCCUGUCGCUCUGCUGCACGGCUCCACGGCUGGUCCGCACGACGCCGUUCUUCGAGAACCUGCAGCGGCGCGCGAGCAUGUUCAUCCCGCGGCCCGUGGACGUGGAGAUCGACCGGAUCGCGCAGUCGUUGUUUGCGAGCGAGUUCCUGAUGGAGCCGGAUACGGAGAAUGAGGAUGCACGGCUGAAUUUCCCGACGAAGCGGGAUCGCUUCGCGGCGGCCCAUUUGGGGAAGAAGGCGGAUACGGAGUCGUUCACGCCCAAAGGGUUCAUGUUGCAGGUGACCGCUUGCUACUUCCAUCAUAAGUCGGCGGAGCAGUUGAGGGCGCUUGGGGAUGCGGUGGGGAGGGAGCGCAUUGCGGUGUUGCACGGGACGGAGGAUCGCAUGCUUACGUUUCGUCACGGGGAGAUUCUGAGGGAUGAGAUUGGCGAGGGGAUCAGGUGGAAGGUGUUUGAUGGUGCUGGGCAUAUGCUGGGGUGGGAGAGGGAGCAGGAAGUCAAUGAGUUGAUGCAGGAAAUAGUGGACCGAUGGAGUUGA